AUGAGUGAUUAUUCUUCUAUGGCUACGUUUCAAAAUAAUAGCCAAACGGGGGGUUUUGCGGCUGCUGUACAACGUGCUAGAUUGGUUGCCGCUAAGAUCGAAGGUGGUGGUAGCAAGAGACCUUUAGACGACGUGUCUGAAUCGGGACCAACUCCUAAAAAAUUAGCGGCGAUUGACCCUUAUCCAACUCAACAACAACAAAAUAUGAGUGCAACAGCAGCAGCAGCGGCAGCCGCAGCAGCAGCAGCAGCACGUAUAUCAACCGCCCCCCCGCCAGCACCUCCUGCCGCACCCCCUAAUAUGAACAUGCCCGACUCAGCCAUCAACGAGUACAUUAGGGUUCCAGAUAAAAUGGUUGGACUUAUCAUAGGUCGAGGUGGGGAGCAGAUCACCCGUCUGCAAGCGGAGUCGGGCUGCAAGAUACAGAUGGCUCCGGACUCUGGGGGACAACCCGACAGGCUGUGUACACUCACAGGUUCUAGGGAGGCUAUCAACAGAGCUAAAGACUUAGUGAAUCAAAUCGUGAAUCAUCGGGGACGGGAGAAUGCUCCUCAACAACAUGACGGCCCUGGGGCUAUGCCCCCAAUGAACAGGGGCGCCGGUGGCGGCAGCGGAGGCCUGGCUAUUACUGAAGAAAUAAUGUUACCCGGACCUAAAGUUGGUCUGAUUAUUGGUAAGAAUGGAAAAACUAUCAAGCAGUUGCAAGAACAAUCCGGAGCCAAAAUGGUUGUAAUACAAGAGGGGCCCAAUACUGAAUAUGAGAAACCUCUCCGUAUAUCUGGAGAUCCGUCCAAGGUAGAGCAUGCUAAACAACUGGUGUAUGAACUGCUCGCUGAUAAGGAGAUGCAACAGGGAGGUCAGCAGCGGCAGUAUGAAGAUGGUUAUCAACAAGAACAGGGGAACGGAUUGGCCACUAAUAGUACUGAGGUCUUGGUACCGAAGGUAGCAGUGGGUGUAGUGAUUGGUCGUGGUGGGGAUAUGAUUAAGAAAAUACAAGCAGAUACGGGUUGCAGAGUACAGUUUCAUCAGGAGAGAGAUGACGGCCCGGGGGAUAAAAGAUGUUACCUACAAGGAAAGCCACAUCAAGUGGAUCAAGCUAGACAAAUGAUAGAAGAUCUGAUAUCUAGUGUCAAUUUGGCGAUCCGUUCCGGUCGAGGUCGUAACGCCCAGAGGAACGGCAGCGAGCGUGACUACCCUCAGUGGGAAGGGCAGGGCCAGGAGGUCAGGGUCACCUUCACCGUCUCAUCUGUCAAGUGCGGGCUCAUCAUAGGAAGAGGUGGUGAAGUAAUAAAGCAGAUAAAUGCACAGUCCGGAGCACACUGUGAAUUGGAUAGACGAGCACAGAACAAUGAUCGUAACAACAGAGUGUUCUACAUCCGAGGACACCCAGACGCUGUGGAGAUGUGCAAGAGAAUCAUUAUGGAGAAAGUUGGAAUGCCAGUAAAUUUCGUCCCGGACAACGGUAAUGGCAACACCAGUAGUAAUAAUAGCGGUAGUGGCGAAUACUACGGCCAACCCCCAGCCCCUGGGCCAUCAGCGUGGGGUUACAACCCCCAUUGGCAUCAUACGCAGCAUCAGCAACAGCAACAAGUCCAAAUUAACCCGGCAACGGGCCAGCCAGACUACUCCCAGCAAUGGAUAGACUACUACCGCUCACUGGGUCUGAUGCAUGAGGCCGAAGCUGUAGAGCAGCAGGCCAAGCAGCAGAAGCAACAACAGCAGCAGCAACAGCAACAACAACAGCAGCAGCAACAACAACAACAAGGAGGAGGUUCGUCAGGUAGCGGCGCGGGUGGUUCUACGCCCGGCGCGGGGUCGCCUGCUCCCGUCGCCGACUACAGCGCUCAAUGGGCUGAGUACUACAGGAGCAUCGGCAAGACUAAGGAGGCUGAGGCUAUAGAGACACAGAUUAAACUUAAGCAACAGCAACCAGCAGCCAAUGUAUCUCAACCAGCCCAGGCCACUCCUCCGAACUCUUCAUCCUCCGUCAACAAUCAGUAUGGACAGUAUGGAGGUGGUUACCCGCCAGUUUACCCUUAUCCUUACCCUUACCCGGGGGUAGAUCAACAACAGCAUCAACAAUGUGAGUAG